UGCAGCACAGGGCCGUGAACCUCAGAGCCGUCAGCCAUGUUGUAUUUCUGACAGCGCUUAACGCAACAGGUUGUCAAUGUUUAAGGGAAAAAAUCUAGCGCAACCUUCACCAAUCUGAUUCAUCGCUUUAUAUUAAAGGACUUCGAAAGAACAUAUUUACACCUCUGUGGGAUUCCACACAGUUAAAAAUGUUUAUUUGUCGCUGGUGAUUGAAUGAUGGGGUAUAGAACCCAUAGGUCAAGAUUUAUAACAUCUCUCUCUCCCCCCCUCUCUCUCAAGAUGUGUGAGCUAACAAGUUGAGGCAAGAACCAGGACCAUUUUUCCUGUUCCCUCAACCCUCCACCUGCAAACAUGAAUGGUGGCCGCAGUAUAUGGGCUAUAAGUCCAGAGGAAAGGGACAAACAUGAUCAGAAAUUUGACUCCCUCUCCCCAGUGCAGGGUUUUGUGACUGGGGAAAAGGCACGGAGUUUCUUCCUGCAGUCAGGCCUCCCUUCCUCAGUGCUGGCUGAGAUCUGGGCUCUGGCUGACAUGAACAAGGAUGGAAAAAUGGACCGUCUGGAGUUCUCAAUUGCCAUGAAACUGAUUAAGAUGAAGCUGCAGGGCCAGAAUAUUCCUACAGCUCUGCCUAUCAUCAUGAAACAACCACCAGUACCUGCUCCUACCAUGCCACUAACACCGCUUAGAAUGGGAUCCAUGCAUAACAUGCCCAUAGUGCCCACUAUGCCUGUUCUUACACCUAUGCCGCCGCCAUCCGUAAGUCCUAUGCAGGGCAUGACUCCCAUGAUGCCCAGUGGAUUGACCAUGCCAAUAAUGACCACCAUUAAUGCUCCUGCUUUUGCAAAUGGACCUGUGGGAAUAAUGCAGCCCAUUCCUGGUUCGCUUAUGAAUGCUCUCCCACUGAACAGUUACUACACUUCCUCUACAAUGGGUUUUUCUCCCACCCCUAAGACAUCAGGGGUCCUGGACCUGGGUUCAAGCAGCUCCUCUUCUUCCACAUCAUCUUUAGCCAGUGGUAUUUCUCAGAGCAGCCCCACAGAUUGGGCUGUGCCACAGGCAUCCCGACUUAAAUACAGACAGCAGUUCAACAGCAUAGAUAAGCAGAUGUUUGGCUACCUGUCAGGCCCCCAAGUUAGGAAUGCAAUGGCUUCAACAUUGUUAAGUCAAUCCCAGCUAGCCAAUAUUUGGAACCUAGCAGAUGUUGAUAAGGAUGGUAAAUUAAGGGCAGACGAGUUUGUUCUGGCCAUGCACCUGGUGGAUAUGGCUAAGGAAGGACAGGCUUUGCCUCUUGCUCUUCCAGUGGAGCUUGUGCCCCCAUCACUCAGGGGAAAUGUUGGUGAUGCACUGAAUGGCUGCACCAGUUCAUCCAUCUAUGCAUCACUGGCUGAGGAGUUUACUGACGUUGAUCCACCACAGAAAGCCAAGAGUAACUUGACAUUUGAGGACAAGUUCAAGAAAAACCAAGAGCAAGGAAAUGCAGAGCUGGAGAAACGGCGCUUGGCUUUGGAGGAGCAACAGCGACGUGAGGAGGAGAGAAGAGCACAAAAGGCACGUGAGGAGCAGGAGAAAAAAGAGAGGGAGGCACGUGAGCUGGAGCUCAGGAGGAAGAGAGAGGAGGAGCAGAGACUUGAGCGCCAGAGAGAGCUGGAAAGGCAGAGGGAGGAGGAGAGACUCAAAGAGCUAGAGAGGAAAGAGGCAGCUAAGAAGGAACUGGAGAGGCAGCGCCAGCUUGAGUUGGAGAGGAGGAAAAAGCAGGACCUCCAGAACCAGAGGAGUCAUGAGCAAGAGGUCAUCGUUCACCUGAAGUCAAAGAAAAGUAGUCUGGAGUUGGAGCUUGAAGCUGUGGGGAACAAGCAUAAAGAAAUUUCUGAAAAACUGAGAGAUGCCCAGGCCAAGACGAAAGUCCAGAAAAUUGAAUUGGAUCAUAUCAACCAGAAGAGAGAUGGACAAAUAAUAGAAAUUAACACAUUGCAGCAGCAGUUUGAGGAGUUGCAGAGGAAACUUACCCAGUUGACUCCAGAGCAGCAGAAGCUGAAUGAGUUACUUCGAAAUAUGAAUCAGAACAACAUUCUAGCAUCCACAAUGACCACUCUACAGAAGAGUGUUACAGAUAAAGACCUCAGCUGUAGAAAGCUGAAAGAACAGCUUGAUGCUUUAGAGAAAGAGACAGCAGCAAAACUUGGUGAUAUGGAUCAGUAUAAAAAGGACAUACAGGACCUCAGAGAGACCCAGAGAAAUCACCAGUCUGCACUAGACAAAUUACGUAGUGUAAAAGAAGAGAAAAUAAGAGAGCUCAAGAAAUUCAAAGAAGAAGAACUGGAAAAGAAGAGACUGGAGGAGGAAGAACAACGGCGCAUCAAACAGGAGAAGGAGCGCCAAUGGCAGGAAAAACUGAGGCGUGAUGAGGAAGAGAAACAGAGGAAACUUCAGGAGGAGCGAGAGGCCAAACUCCGAGAGGAGGAGGAGAGAGAGAGGCAGGCUCGUCUGCAUGCUGCCAAAGAACAAGCUGAAAGAGAGCGCAGGGCACAAGAGGAAGAGGAGCGAAAAUGGAAGGAAGAGGAGAGGAGGAAGAGGGAAGCAGAGGAAAGGAAAAGAAGAGAGGAGGAUGAGAGGAGAGAGCAGGAGAGGAGGAGACGUGAGGAGGAGGAUCGCAAGAAGCGAGAAGAGGAGAUGAAGAAAAUCGAGGAAGAACGGAGAAAACUAGAGGAUGAAAGGAGAAAGCUCGAAGAGGAGAGGAAGAGACAGGAGGAAGAAAGGCGUAGACAGGAGGCAGAGCAGUUGGAAGAGGAGAAGAGGAGACUGGAAGAAGAGAGGAAACGUGAGGAGCGCAGGAGGGCAGAGGAGGUGCGACAAGAAGAGGAGAGAAGGAAGGAACGAGAGGAAGAGGAAAGGCGGCGUCAGCGAGCACAGGAAGCAGCCAUCAGGGAUGCUGAGGAGCGGAAGAGGAAAGAGGAGGAAAGAAAGCGGCAGGGGGAGGAAGACCGUAGGAGAAGAGAGGAGGAAAGAAAGAAACUAGAUGAAGAACGGAGGAGAAAACAGCAAGAAGAGCAGACUGUUUCUGCUGCUACUUCUGUAAGGCUGAAAGACGAAAGGCAAAAUAAUUCAAGCAUUGUUGCUGCACUUCUCAGAGGACUGGAAGAAAGGAAAGGUAGUAGACAGCCCCUGGGCACCUCACACAGGAAAUCAGCAGCUCUUACCAAAUUUAAAGCCCUCUACCCUUUCUCAGCCAGGAAUGAGGAAGAACUCUCUUUUGAGAUGGGUGAUAUAAUUGAGGUGGACGAGACGAUUGAAAGAGAGGAGGGCUGGCUUUAUGGAGGUUUUCAGGGGAAAAUGGGUUGGUUCCCUGAGAGCUAUGUAGAAAAACAGCACAAGUCAGAGACACCAAGUAAAGCAGCUCUUAACCCGCCGGCUGUGCUGUCGACCUCUCGUUCCACUGAGGUAUUUGAAUCAGCAGCAGCAGAUGCCUCUUCCCUUGAGGAAUAUGUGGCUCUCUAUACCUACAAAAGUCCUGAACCUCUAGAUUUGACCUUCACUGAGGGAGAUACCAUCCUCGUGUCACAGAGAGAAGGAGAGUGGUGGACAGGCAGCAUAGGAGACCAUUCUGGACACUUUCCCUCCAACUAUGUUAAACCCAAGGAAACUGAUAAUUCAGGCCUCAAACCUGGUGCACUUGGAAAAAAGCCAGAGGUAGCUCAGGUGACCAGUGCAUAUACAGCCUCAGGGACAGGACAACUAAAUCUGUCUCCUGGUCAACUCGUCGUAAUCCUUAGUAAAAACCAGUCUGGCUGGAGGCUGGGGGAACUGCAGGCGCGUGGUAAAAAGCGACAGAAGGGCUGGUUUCCAGCAUCGCAUGUUAAGCAGCUGGGCUCAAAUAGUGGCAAGUCCACACCUGCGAAUGUACCAGCUGCUCAGGUUAUUGCCAUAUAUGACUACACAGCAGCAAACCAGGAUGAGCUCAGCUUCUCCAAGAGUCAAAUCAUCAAUGUGCUGGAUAAGAGUGAUACUGAUUGGUGGAAAGCAGAAAUCAAUGGUGUCACAGGCCUUAUCCCCACCAACUAUGUGAAACUGACCACCACUGAAUCUGAUCCUAGCCAGCAGUGGUGUGCUGACCUGACAAGCCUAGAGUCUAUGAGCUUGCAGGAAAAGAAACGUCAAGGCUACAUCCACGAACUCAUAACAACAGAGGACAGAUACAUGGAGGAUCUUCAGCUGGUUCUGGAGGUGUUCCACAAGCCAAUGUCCGAAUCAGGACGGUUAACAGAAGCUGAGAUGAACACGAUUUUUGUGAACUGGAAAGAGCUCAUCACGUCCAACACCAAGCUGCUCAAAGCCCUUCGAGCAAGGAAGAAGCAGGGAGGAGAAAAUAUGCCAGUUCACAUGAUAGGUGACAUCCUAGCCACUGAGCUUGCGCACAUGCAGCCCUAUAUUCUCUUCUGCAGCUGCCAGUUAAAUUCUGCAGCAUUGCUGCAAGAAAAAACUGACCAGGAGCCAGAAUUCAAAGACUUCCUCAAGAAAAUUGCCACCGAUUACCGUUGUAAAGGAAUGCCUCUGUCCAGCUUUUUACUGAAACCUAUGCAGAGAAUCACACGUUACCCUCUCCACAUCAAAAAUAUUCUUGAGUGCACGCCUGAGAAUCAUGUGGAUCAUGCUCAGUUGCAAGAGGCUCGGGAGAAGGCUGAGGAGCUUUGCUCUCGGGUGAAUGAGGGUGUAAGAGAGAAGGAGAACUCGGACAGACUUGAUUGGAUCCAGAGCCAUGUCCAAUGCGAAGGAAUCACAGAAAAUCUGGUUUUCAACUCUUUGACCAACUGCCUGGGUCCACGAAAACUCCUCCACAGUGGGAAACUGUUUAAGACCAAGAGCAAUAAGGAACUGUAUGCUUUCCUUUUCAAUGAUUUCCUUCUCCUGACCCAAGCUGUCAAGCAGUUCACUUCUUCAGGCUUAGACAGACUCUUCAGCCCAAGGUCCAAUACACACUACAAGAUGUACAAAUCACCUUUGUUCCUGAAUGAAGUCCUGGUAAAGAUGCCUGAUCCAUCCAGUGAUGAGCCACUCUUCCACAUCUCUCACAUUGACCGAGUUUAUACCCUCAAAACAGAUAAUAUUAAUGAGAGGACUGCAUGGGUUCAGAAGGUCAAAGCUGCCUCAGAGGAGUUUAUUGAGACCGAGAAAAAUAAACGAGACAAGGCGUAUCAAGGUCGCUCCAUGAAAGCCACUGGAAUUGGCCGUCUGCUUGUAACUGUCCAGGAGGCAGCAGAACUUAAAUCCUCUAAACCUAGUGGGAGGUGCAAUCCGUACUGUGAAGUAACUAUGGGGGCUCAGUGUUACACUUCUCGAACUCUGAACGACGCACUAAACCCGAAAUGGAACUUCAACUGUCAGUUUCACAUCAAAGAUUUGUAUCAAGAUGUGCUGUGCAUCAACAUUUAUGGAAAAGAGCAGUUUGUACCUGAUGAAUUCUUAGGUCGGACAGAGCUCCCUGUGGCCACCAUCAAAAAAGACUCAGAGAACAAGGGUGCAGCGACAAAAAAAUUGCUGCUUCAUGAAGUGUCUACUGGAGAAGUCUGGGUCCGUCUUGAUUUUCAACUAUUUGAUGGAAAAACCCCUAAGUGAAGAUUAUGUUCAGAGUAAUGUUCUGUUAUGGACACCGAACAGCUUCCAGCUGUUUAGUCUCCAGAUCCUCCUUAAAAAACACCUUGCCUUAAAGCAUCCUUGGCUACUGCUACUGAAUGUGUGACUUUUCUUGAAGUCUUGUGGAUAGUGUGUUUAAUGAUGCCAAGUUUAUGCCUUUUUUUUAUAUAGAAUUAUGUGUAAGUAAUCUGCAGUUUUGCCUCAGUUCUUUAUCACUGGAUGUAAAGAUUUCUCAGGAGUUCUAUUUUUCCUAGAAUACACUGUCUAUUUUGCUGUAUUAGAUUUUUUGAAUGUCAGGAUUAGCACUUGAUCUUGACAGUUCUGGAAGAGAACAUUACAUUUACAAUUUUUAACAGCCUACAUAAACUAAUACUGUAAAAUAAUUAAGGCAUUUAUUCAUAUCUAGAAAUGCUUUUUGAAAAAGAUUUUGCUACAGUAAUAAUAAGUAACCUGUUAUUUUCUUUGAACAGUUUUGAGUUUUAUUUUACAAUCGUACAAAUGAAGUGAUUACUCAAUAGUGACCUUACAUGCUCUAAUCACUGUUGAUUUUGUGAGUUGUAUUUAUUUUUAAUUUAUGCAUUUCUGACUAUCCACACUUUUUGCAGCUCAAGAUGCUCUUAAUACUUGAAAUUUGUUCUACAUAAUCUCCAUACUGAAUUUUCCUAAAUAUAGUUACACAAAUAUGUUUGGAAUUUAGCCACUUAUUUAGAUUUACCUGUUUUAAAUUUCCUCUUUGUGUUGUAUUUUGGUUCAGUUUUACCUGCUGGUUUUCAGGCUUUGCACAGAGUAGCUUAAGCAUGACGUAAGCAGAGUAUUAGAUAUGCAGAGGUGCCAACAUUCUUUACAAGACUAUCCUAGUAUCCUAAACAGGAUGCCCCUGUGCUAAUGCUGUAACUGGAGAAAAAUUGGUUGUACUUAUAUUUAACUGCAAUCUGCAAAGGUUUUUGGACUCACAAGCAGUUCACUUUGGUUUGCAGUCCCAAAUAAUGUUCUAAAAUAAAGAUGUCUACAAAUA